AGGGAGUGUAAGAGCUGAAGAUGAGGCCCAGGGCGGAGUGCUACUCUCCAAGGUUUUGGCUGGUGCUGGCAGUCCUCGCGACAACAGGGAGCGGGGCCCAUGCCCAGAAAAGCCACCCGAGCAUUGGCAUUGCGGUCAUCCUGGUGGGGACCUCAGACGAAGUGGCCAUCAAAGAUGCCCACGAGAAAGAUGACUUCCACCACCUCUCAGUGGUGCCUCGGGUGGAGCUGGUGGCCAUGAAUGAGACAGAUCCCAAGAGCAUCAUCACUCGCAUCUGUGACCUCAUGUCAGACCGGAAGAUUCAAGGGGUGGUAUUUGCUGAUGACACAGACCAGGAAGCCAUUGCCCAGAUCCUGGACUUCAUCUCUGCCCAGACCCUCACUCCCAUCCUGGGCAUCCAUGGAGGCUCCUCUAUGAUCAUGGCAGAUAAGGAUGAGUCAUCCAUGUUCUUCCAGUUUGGCCCAUCAAUAGAACAGCAAGCCUCUGUCAUGCUCAACAUCAUGGAAGAAUAUGACUGGUACAUCUUCUCCAUUGUCACUACUUACUUCCCUGGUUACCAGGACUUUGUGAACAAGAUCCGCAGUACCAUUGAGCACAGCUUUGUGGGUUGGGAACUGGAGGAGGUCCUCCUGCUGGACAUGUCCCUGGACGAUGGGGACUCAAAGAUCCAGAACCAGCUCAAGAAGCUCCAAAGCCCUGUUAUCCUCCUCUACUGCACAAAGGAAGAGGCCACCUACAUUUUUGAGGUGGCCAACUCUGUGGGUCUGACAGGCUAUGGUUACACGUGGAUCGUGCCCAGCCUGGUGGCAGGGGAUACAGACACAGUGCCAUCUGAGUUCCCCACUGGGCUCAUCUCUGUCUCAUAUGAUGAAUGGGACUACGGUCUUCCUGCCAGAGUGAGGGAUGGAAUAGCCAUAAUCACCACGGCUGCUUCUGAUAUGCUGUCUGAACACAGCUUCAUCCCUGAGCCCAAGAGCAGCUGUUAUAAUACCCAGGAGAAAAGGAUUUACCAGUCCAACAUGCUCAACAG